CUCAUCAACGUCUUCCUUCAACAAGACACCGGUUAGAAUUUUGUAGACCUCGAAAAGCACCACUGCAAAAGGAACAUGACUUUUAGCAAUAAGUAAAGCUACGCCCAAUAAAGAACCACGACCACCCAAGUAAAAAUGCCUUCUCCCGAGAACGAUCCGGAUCGCUAUUCCAUGAAAUGGAUAGUGGCGCCGAAUCCACCACGACAAUCAUCUCUCGCCGAUAUCGAGAAGGGAGAAAAGUUGACGCUGCAUAAUGCACCAAUAUUUAUGGCUGGAACUCUAGUGCGCCCAUGAGUAUGCUGCUGACUAAUACUUUUACUACUGAACACAUAUUGUUUUUACAAAUUGGGAGUCGUUGUAUUGUGGUGAGAAGCGUUUGAAUUUUUUUUUAUUAGCGGCAAUAUCGUAGACGCCGUGCCUUUCUUUCUUAUCUUCCCACCUCUAACAGUCGGUCAAUAGCCACGAAGCUGGAGAAAGCGAAACCGCCAGCGCGAAGUCCAGGGCCAAAAUACUAUGUAGAGACGAGUACUUACAAGAAGAAAGCUCCAGAAUUUGCGCAAUAUCUGGGCGAAAGAACAUGGUUCAACAAGCCAAAAAAAGGAGUAGGGGAGAAGUCUAUGGUACUUGUUUGUUUUGUUCUUUCAUAGUGGUGACUUUUGUUAAUAAAAAUAGAUCUUGCUCCUGUACACCAUAUACUACUCGUACUCGACUCGUUCUUUGUAGCAGGCAUUUUUAUACUAGAUUUCAUCCUUCCCUCAUUUAAUCUCCUUCAUCGUCAUUUCGUUCUCUCAUUUAUGGCCCUCCACCUCAACAUGCAUCAGGGCCUCGGUCCGAACCAGAUAGGGAUAGUCGACCAGAAGCAUCCGCUCAUACACCGAGAACCAACAGCGACGCUGAACAACUAUAAUCCCAGAAUCCAGGACAAACGAGUGAAGAAUAUGCCUCCAGGUCUAGACCCAGGUCGAUAUCCUCCAGAUGCGAAAGACUGUGUUUUGAUAGCAAAUCCUAAGUGGAGUGUGGUGUCGAGAACGGAAUAUGUUAUGAUGAUGGUGUUUGAAUUUGAUGGAAGUAUAACUAGCCUCCACAAGCUUCGCCCGGCUUCAAGUUAGUUAAGCACUUUUCUGCAGCCUCCCACGGGCUACAGCCGCUAGAGUAGAGACAGCCCGCGGGUGAGCUGUUGCACCCUACGAAUUAACUACGACAAGAGCCGAGCGCCGACGGUGGCCGACUCAGGUCGAUGCGUCGACUCAUGUGCAGGGCAUUGCGCUGCCUUCGGUUUUUUUAUGAGAUUGCCGGGGGGGUCAUGCAAAUUCUUAAGAAUUUGCAAGACCCCCACGGCAGUCCAACGAAAAAACCAGAAGAGGGCCACCAGACACGCACAAGAAUCCGCAAGCCCCAACGCACGCAAACGCCUCGCGGUGGCGCCAGGCAAGAACGGGCGGCGGCUUUAGCGGGCCAAACAAGACAAAGCAUAAGCAACGCAGGGCCGCGCUGCUCGGGUCUCUCUACGCGCUUACACCUGGCGGGGCUUCUUUGUUUCGUCAGAUGUCUCUCGUCAGAAACAGACGGGCGCACUUCGCGGGGGCGUGGGGCGUCGCGCUUCGGGUUGUGGCUGAAGCCUCUUGACUGGCUGACGUCUUUCGCCAGGAUGGAGACUGAGGCCUUCCAUCAGACUGAUGCCGUUCGUCAGACCAACGCGCUGCGCCAGGCUGGCGGCCUUCGUCGGACGACAGGCCGGCGCCCUUCGGCGGACGUCGUGGGCCAGGCUGAGGCCCUUCGUCAGGGUCGGGCGACGUCUCUCGUCAGGCUGACGCUUUUCGUCAGACUGAAGCGCCUCGCUUUGCUGACAUUCCUCGCCGGGCCAAGACUCACGCCUUUGGUCAGGUUGAUGGCUUGCUUCAGCAUGGCGCCGCUGGUUCGUCAGGCUGAUGCACUGACCAGCCAGGUGACGCCCCUCGCCAGACCGGCGCACUGCUUCGCCAGGCGUCUGCCUUGCGUCGGAAGCGGAACAAGCUGCGUGGGGCCUUUCUUCGGGCUGCGGAUGUCUUUCCUUCGUGAGAUUGAUUCUGCCCCUUCGUCGGACUGACGUUUUUCGCCAGACUGACCGCGUUCGUCGGACUGGCGUCCUUCGUCAAAGGUCUUCGCUAUCUUCGUCGAGGUAGGGCUUCUCGCCACAGGUCGGGCGGCAGUUUUUCUGGCAGAGGUCGUUCGUCAGAUGUCUGCCGUCGCGGGUCUCUUGUCUUGUCGGAGGUCUUUGGUCCAGCGGUCGCCCAAAGGUCGCCGUUGGUCCAACGGUCGCCUUUGGUCCAAGGGUCGCCUUUUGUCCAAAGGUCGUCGCACUUUGGUCCAGCGGUCGUCUUACUUUGGUCCAAAGGUCGCCUUACUUUGCUCCAGCGGUCGCCUUACUUUGGUCCAGCGGUCGGCUUACUUUGGGCCAGAGGUCGCCUUAAAAGGUCGCCUGUGGAGUGGUCUGCAGGUCGUCUGUGGUCCAGCGGUUGCCUCUGGUCUGAGGGUCGUCUUUGGUCCAAAGGUCGGCUUUGGUCCAGAGGUCUGCCGUGGUCCAAAGGUCGUCUGUGGUCCAAAGGUCGUCUUUGGUCCAAAGGUCGCCCUUGGUCCACAGGUCGUGUCUGGUCCAAAAAACGCCUCUGGUCCAAAGAUCGUCUUUGGUCCACAGGUCGCCUUUGGUCCACAGGUCGUCUCUGGUCCAAGGAUCGCCUUCGGUCCAAAGAUCGUCUUACUUUGGUCCAAAGGUCGCCUUAUUUUGGUCCAAAUGUCGCCUCACUUUGGUCCAGAGGUCGCCUUACUUUGGUCCAGAGGUCGCCUACUUUGGUCCAGAGGUCGCCUUACUUUGGUCCAGAGGUCGCCUUACUUUGGUCCAGAGGUCGCUCUACUUGUCGUCGUACUUUGGUCCAAAGGUCGCCUUACUUUGGUCCAAAGGUCGCCUUACUUUGGUCCAGCGGUCGUCUGGUGUGGUCCAAAGGUCGCCUGUGGUCCAAAGGUCGCCGGUGGAUGUGGUCCAAAGGUUAAGGUCGCCGGUGGUCCAAAGGUUGCCUUUGGUCCAAAGGUCGCCAUGGGUCCAGCAAUAGCAAAGGUCGUCUUGGGUCCAAAGGUCGUCUUGGGUCCAGGGGUCGUCUGGUCCAAAGGUCGCCUUUGGUCCAGAGAUCGCCGCUGGUCCAACGAUCGUCUUUGGUCCCAAGAUCGUCUCUGGUAGCUAGGUCCAACGAUCGCCUUUGGUUCAAAGAUCGGACCAAAGAUCGCCUUCAGUCUGAAGGUCGCCUUCGGUCCAAAGAUCGCCAUAGGUCCAUAGGUCUGGGGUCCAGGUGUCUUUGGUCGAAGGUCUUUCUUCGGCUGUUUCUCUUGGGACUUCUCUCGCCAGCUUGCGCCCCUACCCCCGUCGGGCAUUUUUCUGGCUUCUUUUCUGGUAGUCUGCCACGGGGCCGAAAGGUGAACUCCAACAAGAAAACGGCCGGAGACUAUCGGGCUUAGGAGUGAGGGGAAAGGGCAGGAGGCUAUGGGCAAUACCUUCGCGGCAGGAGGCGACUAAUCUCCGGUGGGUUAGGCGGGGAGUUUUAUGGCGGCGGAGAUUAAUAAUAUAGAUUAAUAAUAUAGAUUAAUAAUAUAGAUUAAUAAUAUAGAUUAAUAAUAUAGAUUAAUAAUAUAGAUUUUCUUUUUGUUAUGUUUUUUAUCUAUCAACUUAUAAGAGAGGCAUACAAAAAAAAAAACACAACACAAAAAAACGGAAGACGCGCAAAUAUCGGGUCGUUUGAAAAUCGGCGCGUUUGAAAAAAAGGGGGGUUUGAAUUGCCGCGUUACCAAGGAGGGGAAGGAGAUGGCCGGGUCUUGCAAGAGCGAGCCGCGCCCUGCGAGAGAGGGCCGCGCCUUGCAAGUGCGCGCCGCGUCUUGCGAGUGCGCGCCGUAGGUAGGGCGCGGCCUUGUCUUGGCGAGUCGCGCCUUGCUCUUGCGAGUGCGAGGCGCGUCCUGCGGGUGCGAGGCGCGUCUUGCGAGUGUGGGCCGCGUCUUGCGGGUGUGAGUCGCGUCCUGCGAGUGUGGGCCGCGUCUUGCGAGUGCGAGCCGCGUCGUGCGAGUGCGGGCCGCGUCUUGCGAGUGCGAGCCGCGUCGUGCGAGCGCGGGCCGCGUCUUGCGCGUCACGCCUUGCGAAUGUGGGCGGGCCGCGUCUUGCGAGUGCGAGCCGCGUCUUGUGAGUGCGAGCUGCGUCGUGCGGUUGCGAGUGUGAGCCGUGUCUUGCGGGUAUGAGUGGCUGCGUCUUGCGAGUUCGGGCCGCGUCUUGCGAGUGCGAGUCGCGCCUUGCGAGUGCGGGCCGCGUCUUGCGAAGGCGGUCGGGCCCGCGUCUUGCGAGUCGGGUCAUGCGAGUGCGAGCCGCGUCGUGCGAGUGCAAGGCCGAGCCGCGGCGUGUUGUGGGUGCAACUGCGAGAGCGGGCCGUGCCGUGUGAGUGCGAGCCGCGUGCGUCUUGCGAGUGUGACCCGCGGGCGUCGUGUGAGUGCGAGCCGCUCUCUGUGAGUGCGAGCCGCGCCGUGUGAGCCGCGUUCUGCGAGUGCGCGGCGUGUCUUGCGAGUGUGGGCCGCGUCUUGUGAGUGCGAGUCGCGUGCUGCGGGUGCGGGUGCGUGUGCGGGUCGCGUGCUGCGAGUGCGAGCCAUGUGCUGCGAGUUGUGUCUUGUAAGUGCGGGCCGCGUCUUGUGAGUGUGAGCCGCAUCUUGUGAGUGUGAUGCGCGUGCUGCGAGUGCGGCCCGCGUGCUGCGAGUGUGGGCCGCGUGCUGUGAAUGCGGGCCGCGUGCUGCGAAUGCGGGCCGCGUGCUGCGAGUGCGGGCCGUGUCUUGCGAGUGUGAGUCGCUUCGCUUCGCGUCGCGUCGCGUCGCGUCGCGCCGCGUCUUGCGAGUGCGAGCCGUGUCUCGCGAGUGCGAGCCGCGUCGUGCGAGCGCGGGCCGCGUCUUGCGAGUGCGAGCCUUGUCGUGCGAGUGUGAUCCGCGUCGUGCGAGUGGGUGCGAGCCGCGCUCUGCGAGUGCGGGCGCGAGUCGCGUCCUGCGAGUGCGGGCCGCGUCUUGUGAAUAAGAGCGGCGUCUUGCGAAUGUGAGUCGCGUCCCGCGAGUGUGACGGAGCCGCGUCUUGCGAGUGUGAGUCGCGUCCUGCGAUUGCGAGCCGCGGGCGCCUUGUGGGUGUGGUGCGUGUCGUGCGAGUGAUGUUCGCGCCUUGCGAGUGCGAGCCUCGUCCACCUGUGAGCGUGGGCCGCGUCUAGCGAGGGUGAGGGAGCCGCGUCUUGUGGGUGUGAGUCACGUCGUGUGGGUGUGAUUCGCGUCGUGUGAGUGCGCGCCGCGUCUUGCGGGUGCGAGUGAGUCACGUCCUGCGAGUGCGCGUCGCGUGCGUCUUGCGAGCGCGAGUGCGAGUGCGAGUGCGAGUGCGAGUGCGAGUGCGGGUCGUGUCUUGCGAGUGCGAGCCGCGUCUUGCGAGUGCGAGCCGCGUCUUGCGAGCGCGAGCCGCGUCUUGCGAGUGCGAGCCGCGUCUUGCGAGUGCGAGUCUCGUCUUGCGAGUGUGAGUUUCGUCUUGCGAGUGCGAGUUGCGCCUUGCGAGUGCGAGCCGCGUCGUGCGAGUGCGAGCCGCGUCCUGCGAGUGCGAGCCGCGUCUUGUGAGUGCGAGCCGCGUCUUGCGGGUCGCGUCUCGCGAGUGCCAGCUGGGCGGGUGGGUCUUGUGGGUCGCGUUUUGCGAGCGCGGGCCACUUCUGUUCUUGUGAGUGUGGGUCGUGCCUUGCGAGUCGUGCGCGCCGCGUCUUGCGAGUGCGAGUUGCGUUCCGCGAUUGUGCGUUCGUUGCGUCUUGUGAGUCGCGUCUUGUGAGUGCGGGCCGCGUCUUGCUUUGCGGUUGCGCGUUGCGUCUUGCGAGUGUGAGCGAGUCACGCCUUGCGAGUGUGAGCCGCGUCUUGCGAGUGUGGUUCGCGUCUUGCGAGUGUGGGCCGCGCCUUGCCUUCUCUUGUGAGUGCGAGCCGCGUCGUGUGAGUCGCGUCGUGUGGGUCGCGUCGUGUGGGUCGCGUCGUGUGGGUCGCGUCGCGUGAGUCGCGUCGCGUGGGUCGUGUCGUGCAGGUCGCGUGCUGCGAGUGUGGGCCGCGUGCUGCGAGUGUGGGCCGCGUGCUGCGAGUGUGAGCCGCGCCGCGCGCGUCAGCGUGGGCCGCGUCGGUCUUGCGAGGGAGUGCGGGCAGGUUCUUCCUUUGCGAGUGCGAGCCGCGUUGGUUUUCUCUUGUGAGUGUGAGCCGUGUCAUGUGCGUCUGGGCUGCAUCUUGCAAGUGUGUGUGUGAGUCACAUUUCGUGAGUGUGAGAGAGCCGCGUCUUGCGAGUGUGAGCGAGCCGCGUCCACUUGUGAGCGUGAGGCGCGUCCACUUGUGAGCGUGGGCCGCGUCUACUUUUGAGCGUGGGCCGUGUCUGCUUGUGGUUGUGAGGAUAGGCCGCCUCUACUUGUGAGCGCGCGCCGCGGUAGUUUGCGAGUGUGAGGGGGUCGCGCCUUGCGAGUGUGGGGGGGUCGCGUCUUGUCAGUGUGAGUCUGUGGCCUGUCUCCUUUGCGAGUGUGGGGCGCGUGCGUCUUGGCUUGCGAGGAGUGCGAGCCGCACCCUGCGCGUGUGGGCGGUUGUGUUUUGUGAGUUCGGGUCGCGUCUUGUGAGUGCGCAGCGCGUUGCGCCUAUUCUUGUGAAUGCGAGCCGUGUCUUGUGAGUGUGGGCCGCGUCUCGUGAGUGUGAGCGAGGGGCCAUGCCCGGCUAGUGUGAGCCGUGUCGUGUGAGUAUUGGCCACGUCUUGCGAGUGUGUGCCGCGUCUCUUGAGUGCGCGGGCGCCGCGUCUUGUUGGUGUGAGUCCGUCGCUUCGUGUGAGUAUGCGCCGCAUCUAGUGAGUGCGAGCGGCGCUCGCGUCGUGUGAGUGUGAGCCGCGUCUUGCGAGUGUGGGUUCGUUGCGUCUUCCUUGUGAGUGUGGGCCGCCUCUCGCGCGUGCGGUUCGCGUCUUGCGAGUGUGGGCCGCGUCUUGCGAGCAGUCUGCGAGACGCGUCCUGUGAGUGUGAGUCCUGUCAGGCGAGUGGCUGCGCGUCGCGUCUUGCGAGCUGUGCGUGAGUCGUGCUCUCUCACGGAUGGCACGCCAAGGAGAGCGAGCCAAACUCUCUCGAACGUGAGUCGCGUCGCGUGAGACUGAGUGUGCGCCGGGUCUUGCUCUUUUGAGUGUGGGCCGCGUCUUCUCUUGUGAAGAAAUGCGAGCUGGCCGCAGCUUGCGAGUGUGAGCCGCGUUGUGUGAAUGCGAGCCACGUCGUGGGAGCGUGGGCGAGUCGAUUCCUGCGAGUGCGUCUCCCUCGCGUCUCGCGAAUGCGUGGGAUGGGUUUGUGAGUGUGAGGGGGUCCCGCUUGGCGGGUGUGAGUCGUGUCGCGUGAGUACCAGCCGCGCCUUCUGAGUGUGAGCUGAGCCGCGUCUUCUGAGUACGGGCCGCGUCUUGGGAGUGUGAGAGAGGUGGUCGCGCUGUGUGGUUGGGAGUCGCGUCGUGUGAGUGUGAGCCGCGUCUUGUGGGUGUGAUUCGCGUCUUUUGGGUUUGCUUCGUGCCUUGUGACUGUGAGCGCGGGCUGCGUCUUGCGGGUGCGUGCGGGUUGUCUUGUGUCUUGUGAGUGCUGUGCGCCGCGUCUUGUGAUGAGUCAGCGCGAGGCGUGCCUUGUGAGUUUGGGGCAAGUAGGUGGGGCCAGGGUUCAUGUGGCUGCAAAGAAACAUGCCAGGGCUGGCUGGGUCGGGAGUGGCUGAGACUCUUGCUGGGCUGUCCCAGAAUGAGAACGAAGCCGCGCAGGGUUGCCUUGGGGCUUGCGUGCUCCCUUGCCGCCCGACCUCCUUGCGAUUACAUGAAGCGGGCGCGGCGGAAGCUGAGCACGUCUUAGCCUUGGGCGGGGGCUGCCGGGCCGCAGGUCGCGCUGCCUCGAGGGUGAAGGAAUGAGGCUGCGCCUGGGUUAGGGGCUUGCAGAAACCGCCUGACCGCCUUGAGAGAGCGGGGGCGCGAGAUUGUGGCGGCGUGGGUGUGUCUCGACUCGGCAGCGUGCUUGAAUGAGUGACGGAGGGGAGAGCGGGCUGGAGGUGUGCUGGGUUAGAGUGGAUCGCUCGGGGCAGCUGGGUGGCGUCGCAAAUUGAAGCGGGCUGCGCUUGGUUGAGAGAAGGGGGGCGAGAUGCGUGCUGCGGCUUUCUCAUCUGGAGUGGCAAGGGGCGGCUAUGUAUGCUGCUCGGGGGCUCGGUUUUGGCUGGUGGUGCUUGUGCAGGGGCUUCGCUUUCUUUCAAACGGGUCGAUUUUGUUUCAAAGGGGUCGAUUUUAUUCAAAGCGUUCGAUUUUUUCAAUAGGAAGGAUUUUGGUCGAUUCCUUACAAAUCGACCACUACAAGAUCCUACAAAAGUCAUCCCCAGAUGCCUACAAAUUGUAUCCUUUGAAAGCCUACAAAAAAAAUCCAUCGCUUUGAUCUCUCUCAGUAGUUUUCCCGUUGAAUCUUAGGCGUCUGGCCUGCUGCUUCUUUCAAACGCUACGAUUUAUUCAAACACUACGAUUUUUCUUGUUUUCUUUCUUUUUUACCUUUAAUUUGUGGCUUGGAGAAAGUAAAAUCCAAAUCGAUAAAUUUGUCUCAAGUCUCAAAAAGAGUCUUUUCUGAGCACAGAUGAAUAAACUAAAGACUAAUGGUCGUGAUUUCCUGUGACUAGAUGAUAAAGCGGCCCCUCAUAACUGAUGUCCUCUGUUUCCCUCUUGCUUCAUACUUCUAGUCGGCGCGCCACCUUUGGAUCGUACGGGUAAGGUGCCGCAGCGUGACCUAAGAAAAAUGCAUGAAAAAGGUGGAGAGCUUAUGGUGCCUGCAUUCACCAUUGGUCCCAGGAUAGAGGGAGAACAUGGGCAGAAAGAUUAUGAAGAUUGGUCGCGAUUUGUGUGCUGGGUCAUGCAUAUUAUUUUUGUUGGUCCAUUCCGAACCGACUAAAAUCAUCGUUAUUUUUGUUGCUUACCAGUACUCGAGUGUUUCUACUGAGGUCAGGAGGUUUUCCGAUUCGCACUUCUCCCCAAGGAAGACGUAAAGUUGUAGACCUGCUAACUUACAGUUGUGUCUAUUCUGAAUGAGUAAUCUCUUCUGCCUCUAACAUUAGCGAAUAAAGUGGCCGUCAGCAGUUACUUACGAUCCGACUAAAUCAGCGCCUGUCGAUGGCGCCAGAAGGGUCGCGCCUAAGUUCUCUUUCGGUACGGCGCGCAGAUUUCCGAAGCCGCGUUUUCCAGAACCGAGAGGGGAGAAGAGAUGA